GCGGGUGCUCGCUCUCCGAGGCCUGGCCGGCCGGGCUGGGGCGCUGCAGCGCGGGCCCGCCCCCUCCUCCGCAGCCCCUUCCCCGGCGGCGGGACGAGCGUGCGUGCGUUCGUGCGUGCGCUCGCGGUCGAGGGGAGCCUCCGGGCGCCCGGCCGGACGCAGUUGGACGCGGCGGGGACUGGACGGUAGGAGAGGGUCCCUUUAAAAAAGUAGACUACAACCUAGAGAAAACAAAGCCGGGAAGGGAGCCCCUUCUCUGUGAACGCACGCUGUGUCUGUCUGCUGCGCGUCUGUCCGCUACUGUAAUAUUCAAAGGAAGACUUCCAUUUAGUAAUUUGUGUAUAAUCAGUGCAAGCGAAAUUAAGGAACAAUGGAUGUAGAAAAUGAGCAGAUACUGAAUGUGAACCCCACUGACCCUGACAAUUUAAGCGACUCUCUCUUUUCUGGAGAUGAAGAAAAUGCUGGCACUGAGGAAAUAAAGAAUGAAAUAAAUGGAAAUUGGAUCUCCGCAUCUACUAUUAAUGAAGCUAGAAUUAAUGCUAAAGCAAAAAGACGACUGCGGAAGAAUUCAUCCCGGGACUCUGGCAGAGGCGAUUCAGUCAGUGAUAAUGGAAGUGAAGCAAUUAGAAGCGGAGUUGCUGUGCCCACCAGUCCAAAAGGAAGGUUGCUAGAUAGGCGGUCCAGAUCUGGGAAAGGAAGGGGGCUGCCAAAGAAAGGUGGUGCAGGAGGCAAGGGUGUCUGGGGCACACCUGGACAGGUAUAUGAUGUGGAAGAGGUGGAUGUGAAAGAUCCAAACUAUGAUGAUGACCAGGAGAACUGUGUUUAUGAAACCGUAGUGUUGCCCCUUGAUGAGACCGCAUUUGAGAAGACUCUAACACCAAUUAUACAGGAAUACUUUGAGCACGGAGAUACAAAUGAAGUUGCGGAGAUGUUGAGAGACUUAAACCUUGGGGAGAUGAAGAGCGGUGUGCCGGUGUUGGCAGUGUCCCUAGCCUUGGAGGGGAAGGCCAGCCACCGGGAGAUGACAUCCAAGCUACUUUCUGACCUUUGCGGGACAGUGAUGAGCACAAAUGAUGUGGAAAAGUCAUUUGACAAAUUGCUGAAGGAUCUCCCUGAGCUAGCCUUGGACACUCCUAGAGCACCACAGUUGGUGGGCCAGUUUAUUGCUAGAGCUGUUGGAGAUGGAAUCUUAUGUAAUACCUACAUCGAUAGUUACAAAGGGACUGUAGAUUGUGUACAGGCUAGAGCUGCUCUGGAUAAGGCUACUGUGCUCCUGAGCAUGUCUAAAGGUGGGAAGCGUAAAGACAGUGUGUGGGGAUCCGGAGGUGGGCAGCAGCCUGUCAAUCACCUUGUGAAAGAGAUUGAUAUGCUGCUUAAAGAGUACGUACUCUCUGGAGACAAAGCAGAAGCCGAGCACUGCCUCAGGGAGCUGGAAGUGCCUCAUUUUCACCACGAGCUUGUCUACGAAGCCAUUAUAAUGGUUUUAGAGUCAACUGGAGAAAGUGCAUUCAAGAUGAUCUUAGAUUUAUUAAAAUCCUUGUGGAAGUCUUCUACUAUUACCAUAGACCAAAUGAAAAGAGGUUAUGAGAGAAUUUACAAUGAAAUUCCAGAUAUUAAUCUAGAUGUCCCACACUCAUACUCUGUUCUUGAGAGAUUUGUGGAGGAAUGUUUUCAGGCUGGAAUAAUUUCCAAACAACUCCGAGAUCUUUGUCCAUCAAGGGGAAGAAAGCGUUUUGUAAGUGAAGGAGAUGGAGGCCGUCUUAAACCUGAGAGCUACUGAGCACAGCGACUCUUACAGUCUUAGGUGUUACCAAGAACAGAUCUCAAUUGUAAGAGUUAUCAGUACAGGUUUUCUUUUUUUCUUUUGUUUUAGUUAACUGUUUUUUUUUUCUUUUUUUUUUAAAGACUUUGUUUUUGGGUACAAGGCAUUUCUAAAAUUUUAUAAAUUUAUGUUUAAUGGGAUUUUUUGAAGGAAGUAUUUUCUUUUUUUUCUUUUUUUUUCUUUGAGGGGAAAUUAAAGGAGGGAGAGAAGAGUAGCCACCGACGUGUGGGAUGCUCCAAUAAGCUACUUUCUAAGUGCCAUGUUUAGGACCUAAUCAUUCCAAGUUUGCAUUCAUGUGUGACUGCCACUCCUUUCUUUCAAGGACAGUGUUUUUUGUAGUAAAAUCACUGGUUUAUUCAAAGCUUUAGUUAGGGGUGAAGUGAAGCUACUGAACCCCGUGUUGGCUGCUGCUGUGGAAAUGCUGUGCUUUGAGAGUAAACACACACACACACACACACACACACACACACACACACACACACACACAUUUUUGUUUUAAAGAGUUUUUAAAAAACGAGUUAGUCAUGAGACUUUUUCAUCUUUCCAGGGAACAUAUUGAUUGGUCUUAAAUAUUAGACAGUUAAGUAAAUGGUGGCUGGAACAUCUAUUUUUCUACAAAACUGGAAAAACGAACCCGGUUCUACAAGAAUGUACAACAAAAUAAAACAUGUGAAACUGUUGA